CUCAGGUUGGACACUGCCCGGCACCUGCGCCCGUCUCCUGCAUCCAGCAGCCCAGGUAGAGAGAGCAACCGGCGCCCGGAGCCAUGAACACAACCGAGGCGAAGGACUAUCUCUCCAAGCGCCAGAUCCCCCAGCUCUUUGAGAGCAUGCUCACUGGGCUGAUGUAUCACAGGCCUGAAGACCCUGUUGACUACUUGGAAAGUUGCUUGAAGAAGGUGAAGGAACUUGGUGGACCAGACCGAGUGCGAUGGGACACCUUCGUUGCCCAGGAGAAGAGGACCUUGCCCCCUCUCAAUGGUUGUCAGACCAGGAAAUCGCUAUUCAGGAAUGUUCUGCCUGACAGCCCCAAUUUUGCGUAUCAGCGCUACGAUCGACUGCCGCCCAUUCACCAGUUCUCCAUCGAGAGCGACACAGAUCUCUCCGAAACUGCAGAGCUUAUCGAGGAAUACACAGUGUUCGACCCAGCCAAAGCUCGCCCAUGGAUUAUACUGCUCAUAGGUGGUCCCGGCAGUGGGAAGGGCACACAGAGCCUAAAAAUCGCCCAGCGAUAUGGAUUUGAGUACAUUUCAGUGGGAGAGCUCCUCAGAAAGAAAAUGAUCCACAAUGCAACCUGUAACAGGAAGUGGAGACUGAUAGCUAAAAUUAUCACCAAUGGGGAAUUGGCACCUCAGGAGACCACGAUCACUGAGAUAAAGCAGCGUUUAAUGCAGCUCCCAGAUGCCCGAGGUAUUGUCAUUGAUGGGUUCCCAAGAGAUGUGGCCCAGGCGUUAUCCUUUGAGGAUCAGAUCUGCACCCCAGAUUUAGUAGUGUUCCUCGCAUGCACCAAUCACCAAUUAAAGAAGAGGCUGGAAACGAGGGCAGCACAGCAAGGUCGCCCUGAUGACAACCCGAAAGCCAUUCAGAGGCGAUUGACCACCUUCAAGCAAAACACCAUUCCAUUGGUCAAGUACUUUCAGGAAAGGGGUCUGAUUGUUACACUAGAUGCAGGCAGAGAUGAAGAGGAGGUGUUCUAUGAUUUAUCUGUAGCAGUGGAUAACAAGCUGUUCCCUACCAAGGACCCAGUAGCAGGCCCCAGUGAACUUGAUCUCAGUUUAUUGGUGGAUUCCAGUGAAUCUGUUGGUGAUGAGUCAGAGUUUGAAGAUCAGAUGAAGGAAGAGCCCACAGCAUCAGAGGACAGCAAGACAGAAGAAGUCUUGAAGAACACAUUGAUCAUCUUUGUUAUAGGUGGUCCAGGGUCUGGGAAAGGAACUCUGUUUGAGAGAGUAGCAGCAGAAUACGGCUUCACCCACCUGUCCGUGGAAGACCUCGUCCAGAGUGCGAUGGGUUUUGGGGCAGAGAGAAGUGAAGAGAUUGAGGAAAGCGGGGAGUGUGAGCAGCUAGUGCCUCAGAUGCUCAAAGAUGCCAUCAUUUCUGGUACGGAUACUAAAGGGUUCGUGAUCGAUGGCUAUCCUUGGAAAGUGGAGCAGGCGGAUGAAUUUGAGAGGAAGUUAGGUCGGCCCGGUCUUGUGCUUCACAUGAACUGCACCAUGGACACAAUGCAUCAACAGCUACUCAAACCAACUCAAACAAGUGACCGCAUCGAGGAGAAUGAGCAGCGCAAUGCCAAACACAUUGAGACCUACCAGAAGGUGGCUCAGCCAGUUAUUGAGAAAUACCAAAGGGAAAACCUUAUACACACGAUAAAUGCAGAAGAAACACCUGACAAAAUCUUUCAUCAGAUCUGCAAAGCCAUCAACUCUGUUCAGGGGAGUAGCAGAAUCAAUGUGCCUUUGGAUAGAUCCCUGUGCAGAGAAAAGUAAGAGUUCCAGGACACCUUUGGGCAUCAAGGAUCUUAGAGUCAUUGAAUGUUACAGCAAUUUAAGAGGCCAUUCAGCCCACUGGUACUAUGCACUCUCUGAAAAAAGCCAUCUACUUACGAUAGCAGCUUACAUUCACGUUGUGGUGUUAAUUCAGAAAAGUAUCCUAAUGUGCUUCAUGAUGGUGUUUUUCAAUCGGCAUGGAUGUAUUGAGAAUUGGCCCAAAUCUUAAUCCAAAAUACUAUGGCACUGAUUAAAAUGAAAAUCUGCAAAACAA